AGCAUAUGUCUUCCCAGACGCUUGCAAGUGUGCCCAAGGAGACCCACAGAAGGACAUACUUCAUAUAACAGUAAAAAAUGAAAAUUCAAAUGUCCAUCAGUAGGGAAAUGAAAAGAUUGUGAUAUAUAGGUAAUAUUCAAGGAAAUAACAUGACAGUUCAAACACGGAUGUAUCAUCAAAAAUAAGAAUGAGAAAAGUGAUUUGGAGGGCAGAAGAUACCUGUAUGUUAAAAAAACCCGAACAACACUAAAUGUGUGCAUCUUUAAACAUGAUAAAAGUAAAAAUAAAAAUGGACUUGAGUGAUUCCUCUAGUAUUCCUAAUAGAGGUUUCCUCUGUGGAGGGAGGGAAAUGAAGUAGCCGAGGGAAAAGCCGAGCUCAACUUUAUCUGUAAUGUUUAAUUUCUUAUGAAAAAUGUGAAGCGAAAAUGCAAAAUGUUAAUACUUAUUAACGUUUGGUGAUAGGUAGACAAACGCAUGUUGCAUAAUUAUCAGCACUAUUUGAAUAAAAGAUACAGUUUUUGAAUAUUAAAAAAAUGAAGCCUUCCCGGAGUUCAGUCAUGGUGACUUAAAAAGACUAAGGUGUCUGGUGGAUCGAGAAUUGAAGUCUCUUGCUGGUUUUAUUUUCGUUUUCAUGACAGCGUUUGGAUUUGCAGUUGGAUGAGAAUAAAAGUUAUGAAUUCACCCUAGUGAACACUGGUCAGUCGCGUGAGGCUGGAAGGAACCCGGGUCAAGGUGUGGGCACCUGGGGGGCCCUUUCUGGGCGGGUCCACGGCGGCUUUGUGCGUCGCGGGUGACGUCACGCGUAGUAACCGCCCAGCCGGGGGCGCGGAGGCUUGUGGGAGGCGUCUGUGUUUCGUAACCAUGGGAAAGGCCGCCCCGGGCGCCGAGGGCUGCGUGUUCCUCAGGCAGCGUGCUGUCAACGCGCGCCGUCCGGGCGGAGCUGCGUCAGACGCGCACCCUGAAGUCGCGGCCCGAGCCGUUCGCUCCCGCGCACCUCGGGGUCCGUGGAGCUGGCGGGAGGCGGGCGUCCAGGGAGGGAAGCGAACCUCCAGUGUGAGUCCUGGAGGGGCCGGGGGCGCGCGCGGCUGCGGGGUCGCCGGGCGGCGAGGAGACGCUGACCCGCCCGACCCCGCCAGGCCGCCCCGCGCUCCGCCGCACCUGCGGGGGCAGCACGGCUCGCGGCGCGCCCUGCGCUCGGGACGGGCUGCCCGUUUCAAGUCACCGCCCCCUUUUAUUUCGCCACUGACGUGUCCCGUUUCCUCCCUUCCACCCAGCGGCACGGAAAGCGCGGCGACCUCCGAGCGGCAGCUCUCAGCCCGGCCCCGUCGGAGCCCCUCGGCCUCGGCCUCGGGCGCCCGGCCCCGGCUCGCUCGCGACCCUCGCGCGGGAGGCAGUGUGUCCGCCUUCGGCCACCGUCCCGGCCGCGGCGCGUUUCGUGCGCCGGCCGCCGCCGUCCGGGCAUUAGUCACCGAGCGCCAGGCCGGUGGCGUCGCCGGCACCAUGGAGUCGCCCUUUAGCCCCGGACUCUCGCUGCGGCCGGAUGAGGACUGGGAUUCUGCUCUGUUUGCUGAACUUGGCUAUUUCACAGACACUGAUGAGCUGCAGCUGGACGCAGCAAGUGAGACUUACGAAAACAGCUUUGACAAUCUUGGUUUUGAUUUGGAUUUGAUGCCUUGGGAGACGGGCCUUUGGGACAUCAAUAACCAGCUCUGUGCAGUUGAAGAUAUUAAGGCGGAGCCUCAGCCACUUUCUCCAGCCAGUUACUCCAGUGCUUCCGUCUCGUCUCCUCAGUCAGUGGGCUCUUCCUCUUCAACUCAGCACGUUCCUGAGGAGUUGGAUUUGUGUCCUGCCUCCCAGAUGUCGCCCCUCUCCUUGUACGGUGGGAGCUCUCCUCGUCCCUCUUCGGCAGAGCCACUGAGGGAAGACAAGCCUGUCACUGGUCCUGGGAGCAAACCCGAAAAUGGACUGACUCCAAAGAAAAAACUUCAGAUGAAUUCAAAACCUUCAAUCCAGCCCAAGCCUUUGUUACUCCCAGCAGCACCCAAGACUCAGACAAACCCCAGCGUCCCGGCCAAAGCCAUCAUUAUUCAGACACUGCCAGCGCUUCUGCCACUGGCCAAGCAGCAGCCCGUUAUCAGCAUCCACCCUGCACCCGCUAAAGGUCAGACCAUGCUGCUUUCUCAGCCUGCGCUAGUGCAGCUGCCGGCGCCCGGAACCCUGCCGUCUCCUCAGCCCGUCCUCGCCGUUGCUGGGGGAGCCGCACAGCUCCCCAGUCAUGUGCUGAACAUGGUCCCGGCCCCGGUGGCUGGUGGCCCCGUGCCCGGAAAACUGGCUGUCACCAAACCGGCCCUGCCGAGUGCCCUGAGGAGCGCGGGCUCAGAUAUGGCUGUGCUAAGGAGACAGCAGCGGAUGAUCAAGAACCGGGAGUCGGCCUGUCAGUCUCGCAGGAAGAAGAAGGAGUACAUGCUGGGGCUGGAGGCCCGGCUCAAGGCCGCCCUCUCGGAGAACGAGCGGCUGCGGGAGGAGAAUGGGUCGCUGAAGCGGCAGCUGGACGCGGUUGUGUCGGAGAACCACAGGCUGAAAGUUCCCAGUCCGAAGCGCAGAGCCAUCUGUGUGAUGAUACUGUUGGCGUUUAUCAUACUCAACUGUGGACCCAUGAGCAUUUUGGAACAGGAUUCUAGAAGAAGGAACCCUGGUUUGAACCCUGCACUCCAGAGGCGGCGUCUUCUGGGAUUUUCUGCCAAAGAGGCGCAAGACACAUUGGAUGGUGCCCAGGAAAACAGCUACAGAUCCGACCCCUCGGUGUCCCGCGACAAGGCCCUGAUGGUGCUGAGCGAGGACCCGCUGCUCUUCAUGGCCCCGCCUCCGUGCCAGCCCCUCAUCAACACCACCGAGUCCCUCAGGUUAAACCAUGAACUCCGAGGGUGGGUUCAGAGGCACGAAGUGGAAAGGACCAAGUCGAGAAGGAUGACGAGUGAUGACCACAAGGACCGCAUCCUGCAGGGCGCCCUGGGACAGGGCUCCGACUCCCAGCUGAUGGCCGUCCAGUACACGGAAACCACCAGCCUCAGCGGAAGCGCGGGCAGCGAGCUGCAGGUGUACUACGCGUCCCCCAGGGGCUACCGGGACUUCUUUGACGCCAUCCGCAGACGGGGAGACACUUUCUACGUCGUGUCGUUCCGAAGGGACCACCUGCUGCUACCAGCGACCACGCAUAACAAGACCACCAGGCCCAAGAUGUCCAUCGUCCUGCCAGCAAUAAACGUCAACGUAUCAGGCAGAUGUGCAAAUACUGACAAUACCUAGGACUCCAGAGUUGAAGACAGACAUUUAUGCCACUGUGCCCCGUGUAGAAGGCUGUGCAGCUCACGAGAGCUGUGCCAGGAGAGGAGAAGUCGGUGCUUCCCCGAGGCUGCAGCUACUGGACCUGGGUCAUCAGUGAGUCAGGGGAGCGGCUUUAGCUCUGAAACAGGAAACAGCACUGAGUGCUCUGUGAAGACUUAAUCUGCCGGAGGUCUGUCAGUGGAAGAAAGUUCGGAGGGAACGCGAGCCGGGAGGCAGGGAGCAGCAUUGCAGCUGUCGAGAUGAGCCAGGCAACGUGGCAGCAGACGGCGCGGGGGCGUAAAGGCCUGGAAUGGAGAGAGGGGAAAUGUCCAAAGACAUUUCAGAGGGAACAUCUCUAGCGCCUCGCAGCAGGAGGAGGAGAGACAGCCACGUCCGGGAUGCUGACACUCACUCCUAAGGCUGCCUCUGGCCCCCCCAUCUUCUCUGGUUGACUUCUUUUCCCUUUUGUUCCUUGAAGCCAUCAGGGUGUCCGUUUUUAAGUCCUCCCUAGCCGUUAGGUUAUCCCCACUUAGCCUGGCCUCUUCUGAGCCCUCGUUUACAAAGCGAAUCUGAAAAUAGAUUUGUAAAGUGAAAGUGGCUGAAGGGUAGGCCUGCCUUUGUGGAGACGGAUACUUAAUGAUCACUUUGUUAGAAGGAUUAUCGCUUUGGUUGUUUAUUGGCAGUUGCACAGAUAGUUUUUUUCCAUGAGUACUUUGUCUUUUUAAAUCUGACUUACGAGUAAGCUAUUUAGUCCAUAGGAACGUUCACCAGACUCGAGAGGUUUUAGAUCAGCUGGUGCUUGACCCAAAAGAGCCGGCCGCCGGGCCACCGCACCUGAGUGACCUCGAGUCCCAUUAGCUUUCAGUGACAUCACUUUCACUUCUCCCUUGUGGUAAAAUCUGUUUCUACUCAAACAGAUGGUUUAGCUUUCAAGUAAUAAAAAUUGGAGAUCAGCAUCUGUUUAAGCCAACAGAGUUGAUUUGUGCCUCCUGCUAACUGUCCAGAAUCUGGAUUAUUUCUCUGUUUUACCCAUAUUACGCUCUUCUGAACGGGCUUUUCUUUGUACUGGAAAAUCAAGAACCUUGUAAUGAGGGUGGGACAGUGAGUGCGUGGGGGGAGAGCACCCAAGACAGAAGCCAGGCUUUUAAACCUAUUCAUGAGGUGACAUGCUGCCCCUCCUGCCCUAUUCUGUUGGUCACACAGACUGACCCUGGCACAGCGUUGUAGGGACUGCCGAGAGUGUGACUGCUGGGAGGUCACUGGGGGACAUCUGGGAGGCUGCUCACCCUGCCAGCUUGUCACA